CUCUCUUUAGGGUUUUCAACCUUAACUAGCAAAUGGCUACUGCGUCUUCUUCGGAUCCUGUAAUGAAGUCGGAAGGCAGUGGCAGUGGCAGUGGCGGUGAAACUUCCGAAGCGGCGGCGGCGACGAUGGUCGGGGUGGCGGCGGUAGUAGGGAGGGGAAACAAUUAUCAGCAGCAGUUAAUGGUGAAGUACAGACUUAAGAAAUCGAAGAAGGAGAGAGGUUGUACGGCCAAAGAACGGAUCAGUAAAAUGCCUCCUUGUGCUGCUGGCAAACGCAGCUCUAUCUACCGAGGCGUCACUAGGCAUAGAUGGACCGGCCGUUACGAAGCACAUCUAUGGGAUAAAAGUACCUGGAAUCAGAAUCAGAAUAAGAAGGGCAAGCAAGUUUACUUAGGUGCAUAUGAUGAUGAGGAAGCUGCUGCCAGAGCAUAUGAUCUUGCUGCUUUGAAAUAUUGGGGCCCUGGGACACUCAUUAAUUUUCCGGUCACAGACUAUACACGAGACCUUGAAGAGAUGCAAAAUCUAUCAAGAGAGGAUUACCUUGCAUCGCUCAGAAGAAAAGGUAGUGGUUUCUCAAGGGGAACCUCUAAAUGUCGUGGAAUUUCCAGUACUAGAUGGGAUUCACCCUUGGGUCGUAUUGCUGGAUCUGAUUAUCACAACUGCAUGCAUCAUGGUGAUGAUGCAACAACAGAGAGCGAAUAUGUUGGUGGAGUUUGUAUGGAUAGGAAAAUUGAUCUUACACCCUUCAUUAAGUGGUGGGGACCCAACAAAUCCCGUCAAUCUGAAUCUCAUGGAAAGUCUUCAGAGGAAACAGAUCAUGGUAGUUCUGAGGACGUUGAAAGUGCAUCAGAGUGGGUAACCCAACCCACCGAGCCCUAUCAGCUGCCUCGUUUGGGUGGAAAACAACAUAAAAGGUCUUCAGUAUCAGCCAUGAGUAUAUUGUCAAGAUCUCCAGCCUUCAAGCGCUUACAAGAGAAAGCUUUGAAAAAGGAAGAAAAAGAUGUUGAGAAUGAUGAGAAUGAAAACAAAAAUAGCAUCAACAAAAUGGAUUAUGGUAAGGCAGUUGAAAAAGCAGGUCAUGAUGCCGCAAGUGAAGGAUUUGGAGUUGCAUUGGGGAUGGAAGCCGGAGAGUUGCCUCUUCAGAGAAAUACAUACCCGUUGGCUCCUUUCUUGUCUGCACCACUUUUGACCAACUACAAUACUAUUGAUCCACUGACAGACCCUAUUCUUUGGUCAUCCCUUGUCCCUGCUCUCCGCCCCAGAUCUUCUCAGCCCAUGGAGGCUACAAAGACAGAGACCAGUUCAGAUUAUACUUUCUUCCAACAGGAGGACUUGCUCCCUACAUGAUCCAAGUGCAUUGUUUGUCCAAAUUCUCUUGGGAAAACUGCAACACAUGUGCUAUGCGAACGAGAUCUACAACAAUCUCACUGCCUCGGAACAAGAAAAUGUUGCCUUGCGUGCUUGGUACGUGAUGAGAUUAGUUUUGUUAUAUAUAUAUAUAUAUAAGUAGAUGUUUAAUAGCAAAUAUGUUACGAUAGAAGUUGUACUUGUAAAGGGCACACACCGAUAUGAUGUAAAGUGAAGAUAAGAUUUUGAAAGAUUUCAGAAGCUGUUGUAAAGACGUUUUAAAUCUUGGUACACGAACAAGGGGCAUCCCGGUAUACUGUAUUAGACGUA